UUCUUGUUUAAAAUAAUGCCUGUUAUAACUGUUCGGUAGACUGCUCUAUCUGCCACAAAGAUAAUGGAUGUUAACUGUUUUAACAUAUGCAUUUUCAUCAGUCGCUACACAAAAAGCGUAGCGGCAUAUACGGAUAUGAUGUCGAAACAUUUACAGAUGGCCAUGUGAAUUAAUAUGCAUUCUACCCUGUAGUUUGUUUGAACCAGAAGGUUUCUACGUUAGAGUUGGUCGAUUAUUACAUUAGAUUGGUGAAGCAGUAAAUAUUCAUGCGAUGUUACAAAAUUCGACCUACACCGAUCAGGUUGAGAGACGGUUAAAAUUAUUUUUACUUCAUGUAUUGACCGAAGACGAUGAUUACUUGAAACGUUUGUCAACAAAGCCAUUGCUAAUACCGAAACUUUUAUCAUUAAUUUCAAGUGAACAUGAAUCCUCGAAACCGCUAGAAAGAACUAAAAUUGAUGAAGAGAAUCUUUUGAAAAUUCUCAAAAUAAUUGAUUAUUUUGCAUUCGUUCAACCAAUUGAAAUGAAUGGAAUUAUUGAAAAUUUAACUUCUCUUUCAACAUACAUUAUAUUAUGUUUAGAAAAAUUAACAAAAAUAUCAAAAUGUCAACGAAUUCUUCGUAAUCAUAACGGAAUACCAAUUUUAUUGAAUUAUUUAAGAGUAUGUUUGCAGUUCGAAUCCAACUUAAACAAUCCUAGAAGCAUAAGAGAACUGUCUAAUUGUUCAGUCUAUGUGAACUCGUCGACAAAUGCCGUAAACACUUCGGAAGAAUGUCCCUGUGAAACAAAAUUGGUACAUGAUUUUGACCAAGAUACCAUACGGCGUAAUACAUCUAUAUGUGGAAUAUUGUCUCAAUUGGCAAUGAAUGAUUUUUAUGCUCAAAUUAUUGCACGUGAAAAUGGUAUACAUUUGAUUGGUUCACAAUUAUUAAUUAAGUAUUCAAAAAAUGUUAAAAACCAAUGUUUAAUAAUUGAAUCAGAAUUGAAACAAACUAAUAAUGUUGGAAAUCAACAGAUAAUUGAUACAAAUAAAUUUGGACUAGGAAAUAUUCGUCAUUUAUACGCAAAUGCAUUUUGUGCAUUACGUAGACUAUUUACAUCUGAACAUAAUCGCCGUUUAAUCAAAUCAUUUUUACCAUCAUCCUUAUUAUCGGAAUUAAUCGAAAUCAACAUCAACACAUCAACAGUUACAAGUGAUUAUCAAAAAUUAGUCAAUCUACUUGAAUCAUUGAAUAAUGAAGAAUAUAAUGAACUUAUUGAAGGUAUAAUUUCUUGUGACGUAAAUCGAACACCUAUUCAUUAUGUACGUGAAUAUUCAAUAUUGGAAUUACUUGGAACUGGUGCAUAUGGUAAAGUUUUUAAAGCAACGAAAGAUAAAAUGUGUCAUAAUAGUUAUGCAAUUAAAAAGGUUAGUACUAGUCAAAUAUUUUUUGGUCGAACUUCCAAUGAACGUCAAAAGUGUAUUGAUCGUAUAUUGAAUGAGGUCAAUGUUAUACGUCAACAACUAAGGCAUCCAAAUAUUGUUCGUUAUUAUAAAACAUUUUUAGAUUCUGAUCAUUUAUACAUUGUGAUGGAAUUAUUAGAUGGCGUUUCGUUGACAGAGUUACUUAUAUCUUUUAAAGAGAAGAAUAUAUAUUUCAGUGAAUCACAAAUCUGGAAUAUGUUUAUUCAGUUAAUAUUAGGUUUACGUUAUUUACAUAAAGAGAAGAAAAUACUGCAUAGAGACUUAUCAUCAAAUAAUAUAAUGAUUAGUGAAGGUAACAAGGUUACUAUAACGGAUUUCGGUUUAGCAUAUCACAAAACAUUGAAUUCAAAUGAAACAAAAUCAACUGUUGGUACAUUAUGUUAUGCCUGUCCAGAAAUGAUACAAUGUCUUCCAUAUGGUGAAGGUGCAGAUAUAUGGGCACUUGGUUGUAUUCUAUAUCAGAUGUGUACAUUUACUUCACCAUUUCAAGGUGAAUGCAUUCUUAGUACUGCAUCACGUAUUGUAAAAGGUGAAUAUCAAUCAGUCAAAAUUAAAUGUCCAAAUCAAUAUUCUAAUCUUGUUGAUCAAAUAAUUGAAGUUUGUCUAAAACCUGAUCCAGCCCAGAGACCUGAUAUAACAGGUGUGGCUACUUAUUUGACCAGUGAUAUUCUGUCCCAAUUAGAUGCUACACAAUCAAAAUGUGCAAAAAUUAAAGGAAAAUUAAAAGAGUUUCAAAAUACCAUUACAUGUGAUUUGUGUUGUCCUUUUAAACACUCUAAGGAUGAACAAGUUUAUGAGAAACAUAGUACAUAUAUUAAUAAUGUUAGAGUACCUGAUUCCAAUGUAGAAAAAAUAUCAACUACUGCACAAAUUUUGCCUACGAUAACAAUCAAUCAAGGUAAUUUACGUGAAAUCAAUGAUCCAGUACUCGGUAUGAUUACAGUAAUGCAUAAGUUGGGAUACCUUUCUCAAGAAUCCUCAUUCAAAAAUGAUAUCAGCUUAGAAUAUGAAGCUAUUAAGUAUAUAGUGAAAAGCUACCAACAUCGGUUAUUUGCUGCCGGUAUAAAACCAAUUACACUAAAAGAGGAAUUAUUUAAACUUACAUCUUAUUGUUCAGAUUGUAUAAAUGAUAAAUUUUUGGAGAUUAAUAAUAAAGAGAGUAAUUCUUCAUUACUGAAUAUACUUAAAAAGUUUUCACCUGAUCUAGCUGUCAAAUUAGACAGAAAUGGUUAUAUCAAUUAUGCCAUUCUGAUGUAUUUAAUAGACUUAUUAUUAAAGCAAUGUACUUCAUAUUUUUCUUAAAUUAUCGUACAUAAUUGUUUUACUGUUAAUUCAAUUCAAUUUCAACUAUCUCCAUGUAAAUUAACUAUUGAUGGAAGUGGAUUUUUUUUUUUAAAUUUUAUCCUUUUCUUUUUUAAAUGAAAUGAGAAUUUAUCACUUUCAUAUUCUUUUGAAGUUCGUAUUUUACAUUGACAACUUAACAUUUCCGUCUAUUAUUUAUUAGACAGAAAAUCAAAUUUUCUGGUGGAAAAAUAAUCCAAUUCACGAA